AAGAUGCAAAAGAGAAGAGAUGUAGGUAGAGGGAAUGAGGCGUGACAGAAACUAUAAAGGAAGCUGACCUUGUCCCCCAAAAUUCAUUUGUAGUGUCAAUACCUUUCAAGUCAAGGUCUUUUCUCUCUCUUAAUUGGAUUGAAUAUGGGAAGUACAAUGAAGAAACACCUCUUUUUCAUUUUCCUGCUGUCAACAACAUUGCUCGUACAGGCAAACGAAAAACCUCAAAAAUCCACUAACGAAACAAUUUCCGCCACAAAGGAAGAAGUUUCCAACAGAAAAGAGAGACUGAACGUCCUGAGCAAUCUUGGAGGAGGAUUGAUUGGACUUCUCGGAGGUGGAGGAGGAGGCAGCAGUGGAGGCAGCCAGGGAAGUUCCGCAACUGGGGGCACGAAUAGCCCCGCUCUGAGUAUUACUCAGGGUCUCAAAGGCAUCCAGAAUAUCCAGAAGUUCAUAUCCAGAUUCCAAAAUGUGAUGGGGGCACCCUUUUCUUUCCGUGGAGUGUCCGAUACCAUGGCUACUCUGACGGGUCUUUUGGCAGCCGUUGGCGGUGGAUACCUCACAUAUGUCAGCAUGGUGGCUCUAUUCGGAAGCAUGAUGGAUCCAAACAAUGCUGCCUACCAGCAUGCUUAUUCUGCACCUCCGCAUCAGUACGCACCUCCUCCUCAACAUCUCAACAUCCACGGCGUACCAUCCGCAGCAGGAGGAGCAGCUGGCUACAACAGAAGACAAUCGGACAGUAGCAGUCUUUACUUUGGGUCGUACGAUCUCGGCAAGAUGUUCCAGUCUGUGACCAACUUCAACUAUCCGGAAGGGGCUUUCAAAAUGUUGAGAGUGAAAGACGAGGCUUGUAAACAGAGAGCAGUUUGUGAAUUCGAAAGAUAUCUAGCCAAGAAAGGCGUUGCCUCGGUCAUUCUUAAAGGAGUCAGUAAAAAAAUCACCGGCAUGGAAAGAUACAUUGACGCUGCGUAUAGAGGAAUCGCCAAUGAAGACUGCAGCUAUGCUUUUUCAGCGUGCCCCUACUCACUCGGACAAACAUUGCUCAAAUCCAUCGGACUCAACUGACCUCAAGAACUCAUUCCAGAGACAAUUAUUUGUUAAUAAAAGAAUCACCCGUUACUUCAAGGAAUCUGAUGAAGACUGCUAACAAUUGAUAAUUGGUGAUGAUAGUAGUGGUCCAUAACUCUGACGAUAGCACCAAUUCAGAGAUCACCAUGAGUCAUUGAAUUUCAAUUUCGGGAUAUUUCAUUCCUUCGACAAUUGUGUUACUGAACUGAAAUAGACUAAGCUCUUCAUUUGAUAUGGUGUUAUCCUGAUGACUUAAGAAAGAUUGAUUUUUUUAAGUGUGGAUUAUACGGUGAUAAAAAGUGACUUCUAAUGUGUUCAUUCCCAACAACUCAUCCUUUUCUGUGGCCCACAAAAGAAAUGCAUCACGCAAUUGUGUGCUCUCUUGGACUUAAUUUAUUGAAUGUAUAUUUAUUGUUGUGUAUACGCACAUGUUUAAGAACUGCUGGUAGUUUUUAAUUUUUUCAUACACGUACUUUUUUUAUUUUAUUAAAAUAUUA